CUUCAUUUAUUUGGAUAUAAUCACACAAUAGUUAAUUUCUUUUCUACUCUCUCUUCCUAUACAAUGGCUGCUAGUUUGAGCUUGAUCAUCGGCAUUAUUGGCAAUAUAAUUUCUAUACUGGUUUUUACUUCUCCCAUAAAAACUUUUUGGGUUGUGGUGAAGAAGAAAUCAACAGAGAACUACCAAGGGAUUCCUUACAUAACUACACUUUUGAGCACAAGUUUGUGGACAUUCUAUGGACUUCUUAAUCCUCAAGGCUUACUAAUCUUGACCGUCAAUGGCGCUGGUGCCUUCUUGCAACUCAUCUACGUCACUUUUUUUCUCAUCUAUGCACCUAGGGACAAGAAGGUACAGACAGCGAAGUUGAUUGCGAUGCUUAAUGUUGGUUUUCCUGGUUCAAUAAUUGCAUUGACUCUGCUUGCCGUCCGUGAAGAAAUAAAGCUUACUUUUGUUGGAAUUUUAUGUGCUGCUUUAACCAUAGGAAUGUAUGCGUCACCUUUAUCAGCCAUGGGAAUGGUGAUUAAGAUGAAGAGCGUGGAGUACAUGCCAUUUUUAUUUUCAUUUUUCCUUUUCCUAAAUGGCGGGAUUUGGUCCAUAUAUGCUGCGCUGGUCAAAGAUUUCUUUGUUGGUAUACCAAAUGCAAUAGGCUUUGUUUUGGGCUCUUCUCAGUUAAUAAUAUAUGCAAUUUACAAGAACAAGUCCAAGAAAUCCACCAAAGAAGAAGGCUCAGACGUUACUUUGGUUAAAAGAGCAGUGGAAAUGCAAGCAAAUCGCGGUGAUGAUGAUGAUGAUGAGGAUAAUUUGAAAAAUAAGAGCCUCCACAAGGGACGUAGCCUUCCGCAACCAAUUGUGAACCAACUAUACACCAUGCCAACGAAGCUAAUGAAGACACUAUCUUUGAGAUCUCAAGAAUUGAACUCAGUUUGGGACUUUGGUGAGGACCUUGAAAAUGGUGAAAAGAAUAUUCACCCAUGAUGUUGGAAAGGAGAAGUUUAUGGUGACCUUGAGACUAUAAUUUUGUUAGUUGAAAGGGGAAAUAAAGUGCCAAAGGGCAUAAUAUUUUGGCCCAUAUAUGACUCUUUUGUACAUACUGUUGGGGACUUGGUAUGUAAUUACGUUUUGGUUGCUAUUGGGAGAUGGCCAUCUCUAGGGCAUUAAAGACCUUCUUUCAAAAUGAAAGCAAGGGAAAUGGAAAAUAAGCAAGGCGUUUUAGUAUGCC